CGCCGCCGCCGCCUCUGUGCCCGCGCCCCGGAGAUGUCCUUCCCCCAGCUGGGCUACCCGCAGUAUCUCAGCGCCAGCCAGGCAGUGUACGGGAGCGACCGGCCCGGGGUCCUGGCUGCCGCCGCCGCAGCCGCCGCCGCCGCCGCUGCCGCCUCGGGCCGGCCCGCGGGCGCCGAGCUGGGCAGCGGCUCGGCCGCUGUCACCUCGGUGCUGGGCAUGUACGCUAGUCCCUACAGCGCCCCCAACUACAGCGCCUUCCUGCCCUACACCGCAGACCUCGGCCUUUUCUCCCAGAUGGGCUCCCAGUACGAGCUGAAAGAUAAUCCGGGUGUCCACCCUGCUACUUUUGCUGCCCACACUGCCCCCGGCUAUUAUCCCUAUGGACAGUUCCAAUACGGGGACCCAGGACGGCCCAAAAAUGCCACUCGGGAGAGCACCAGCACCCUCAAGGCCUGGCUCAACGAGCACCGCAAGAACCCUUACCCCACCAAGGGCGAGAAGAUCAUGCUGGCCAUCAUCACCAAGAUGACCCUCACCCAGGUCUCCACCUGGUUUGCCAACGCCCGCCGGCGGCUCAAGAAGGAGAACAAGGUGACCUGGGGCUCCAGGAGUAAGGACCAAGAAGACGCAAACCUCUUCGGGAGUGACAAUGAGGGGGACCCCGAGAAGAACGAAGAUGAUGAGGAAAUUGACCUGGAGAGCAUAGAUAUAGAUAAAAUUGAUGAGAACGAUGGGGAGCAGAGCAAUGAGGAAGAGGAGGAGAAGCCUGAGCUCCUGAGACAAAACAGUGAAGAGGAGCACUUGGAAAAGGAAAAGGAUUUGGCACUGUCAGGGUCUGAAGGGCUGAAACCCAAAGAUGCACUGGCCAUGGUGAAGGAAGCCUCUGACAACAGCACCAGAAUUAUCAGUCCCGGGGGACCGAACAAUUUACAGAUGCCAUCUCACAGCAAACCCAAGAUUUGGUCUUUGGCAGAGACAGCAACCAGUCCUGAUGGUGCCCUGAAAUCUUCUCCUCCUCCACCCCCUCCUCCCCAGGUUAACCACACUUCUCCUCAGAUCCAGCACCCUGCUUUUCUCCCUAGCCAUGGACUCUACACAUGUCAGAUUGGCAAAUUUCACAACUGGACAAAUGGGGCGUUCCUCACUCAGAGUUCCCUGCUAAACGUGAGGUCUUUUUUGGGAGUAAAUCACCACCAUGCUGCUCAUCACAAUCACCACCUCCAGGCCCAGCAACCAUCUUCUGUUUUAACAGCAACCCUGGGAGCCCUAAGCAGUGAAAAACCUUCAGAGAGGACCAGUCCCAAACACAUAGAAAGAGAAAAUGUACCAAGAACUGACUCCCCACCCCAGCCGCUAAAAUCGCCCUUCCAGCCGGUCCGUGACAACUCUUUGGCUCAGCAAGAGGGAACACCGAGAAUUUUAACAGCUCUCCCUUCUGCUUGAUUAAAUGAUUUGGUGAAAAAAUAUUACAGAGACUGGUAUUAAGGACAGAGAAAAAAAAAAGGAAACGGUAUAAACGACUCCCAUCAAUCUCUUUUUGCAAUAAGGUGGUGCAAAUCCAUAAAAGUGAUUACACAAAUCUGUAGAUGGAUCCCCUUCCUCAUUGUACCAUUUCAGAUCGUGUUAUUCUAACCAUUCUUGGAUUAUUGGUUUGGUAAAUGUUUCCCAUGUGUUUGUGGGGGUUUUUUGUUUGUUUUUUUUUUUUUUUUUUCUGUAUAUAGAGUGAUUUCAGAUUGUAAAUAACACGUCAGCAAAACUUGUCUAAAUCAUAUAUUUUUGUCUAAUAAACUAAAUGAAAUUAUGAACUCUCUUCAGGUAUGUAUUCUGUUGCUGCAGAUCUUAUACAUAUAUUACAAAUCUAUUCAAACAUUUAUAAUUUGUUUCCUAAAAAGUCAAGUCUCUUUGCCUUUGGGUAACUGAAAUUUAAACAGCAAAUCCCAGCUUUUAGUGACUCUUAGAGCUAUUUUGCUGAACACAAGCUGCGAGCUUCCUUUUUCAUGCACGCAAAUUUAAGAAGUUGAGUGAAGCUGGUUCUUGACUAGUAAAAUUAAAGUUAUUUUUUUCUAUUGUGAUGAACGAGAUGUGUUGUGUAGUAUCCAUUUUCCGGACAUAAAUGGACCUGACUCUUACUUAUGUUAUAAAAUACAUUCUUAAAAUGAAAGGGACAAGUUUUCUCAUAGUUCCUUAGUUUGCUGUCCAAACUGGUUCUGAUAUUGGGUCAAGAGCUUUACCGCUGUGGUAUACAUUCCUACCGAAGACGAAAAAAAUCAUAGUUUAGGAAAAAGAAUUAUUUGUAAUGAUUUGCGCUUUAAAUAAACACAGAGGAAAUAUGACUGUAAAAGAUGUUUUCCUGUGAGACUAAACACAAUCUUAGCAUUUAGAAGAAAAAAAAAAAGGCAGCUCUUACACGUCUCAAAAGAAAGUUCUGCGAUUCCGAUCUGUUGGUUAAAAAUAGA